GAACAAACCCACCAUGCCAUCAACCCACACAAUGGGUCUCGACAGGAAACGAAAACGCCCUCAAGACGCAGAUCCAAGCCCAGCGAAAAAGAGCGGAUCAAGGAAACCCCCCAUAACCGUAAAUAAGAGACUGAAGCCCGAGGCGUCGGCAGCCGCUUCAAAACCCGAGCCGGCAAAACCAUCAACACUCCGCGCCUCAAAGGAGGAAGAAAGGUCUUUCCCAAGAGGUGGUGGCUCUAUUCUUACUCCGCUGGAGUUCAAGCAAAUAUCCAAUGACGCUGCCAAAGAUGCCCUUUUCGAAACCGAAGAUGCGAAGGCCAAAUCGACAAGGAAGCCGAUGAGAGAAGAAUUGAAGAAAGAUAAAAAGAGUGGAAAAGACGAACCCAAGAAAGGUGAGCAGAAAGGUAUUAAGGCGGAAGGAUUGAGCUAUAAGGUUGGUCUUCUCUUAUCAAAAAAUGAAAACCACAAGAAGUUAAUCAAUUCAUAGAGACUACUACCAGGUACACUUGUGCUUGGAUGCAUCUCUCAAGUCAAUCAAACUGACCUCGCCCUUUCCUUACCGAACAAUUUGACCGGCUUUGUUCCUCUUACCUCCAUCUCGGAAUCGUUGAACAAGAAGGUUGAGGCUUUAAUCCAGGAAAGCGAUGAUGACGAGGAAGAGGAUAUGGAGGAAAAGACCGAAACAGCAAAACCGGAAUCUGCUGAGGAUGAUGUUGACCUCAGGUCUAUGUUCCGAGUUGGGCAGUAUCUCCGAGCGUACGUUGUAUCUUCUCUAGAACCUGCCAAUUCGAAAUCUCCUUUAGGCUCUAAAAAGACCAAAAAGCGGAUCGAGCUGUCCUUGGACCCAGUUGUGACCAACGACGGCCUUACAACUACUGAAUUAGUCGUUGGAUGUACUAUUCAGGCCUCUAUUACAAGUGUGGAGGAUCACGGUCUCGUUAUGAAUUUGGGUAUCGGGAAUGAUCUCAAAGGAUUUCUGUCAUCUAAGGAACUCGGGAAGGGCCGUUCUGCGACGAAUGCAAGGGAAGGGCAAGUGUUGCUUUGCACAAUCAUAGGGCUCUCGUCGAAUGGUAAAAUCGUCAAACUCUCAGGGGAUCUAGAACAGAAACCGAGUAAGAAGGGCAAAUAUACUGGUGGAAAGGCAGCCUGGUGGCUGAGUUCUGCGCCUACAGUCAACACAUUCCUACCUGGAACUGGCGUAGAGGUACUCAUCACUGAUAUAGCAAAGGGUGGCAAAGCUGUUGGAAUCGCAGGAAAGAUUAUGGGACUUGUAGACGCUACAAUGGACUUCUUUCAUGCUUCUGGCUGGGGAGAAAAGGAUAUUGAAUCCAAGUUUAAGGUUGGAGAAAAGGUUAGUUCGAAGCACGUUCCCCUCUAUAUAGUCUAUCUAAACUUCUUUAGAUCAAAGCGCGUGUCAUUGCUACCCAUCCCGAACCUCGUAAACUCGCUCUUUCAAUCCUCCCCCACGUCCUUUCAUUUACUCAGCCAACCGAGAAUGAGCCUACAAUGAUCCUCCCAACAGCCACCAUUCUAAACUCUGCGAAAGUCCUUUUUACCGAGCCUAAAACCGGCCUUUUUCUUGAUGUCGGUAUUCCUGGUGUUCCUGGCUUCGUCCAUAUAUCCCGAGUCACAAGCGAUAGCAAAAUAGAAGUUCUGUCCAAAGAUUUUGGUCUAUAUCAGACCGGUUCAGUCCAUAAGGCUAGAAUAAUUGGCUACAACUCCAUGGAUGGCCUCUAUAUUGUUAGCAUGGAGCAGAAGGUUCUCGAUCAGCCAUUUUUAAGGGUGGAGGACAUCAAAAUCGGCGAAGUCGUGAAGGGAACCAUUGAUCGAGUCCUAGAUAGUGGACGUCUUAUCGUAAACUUAGCUGAAGGGAUCACAGGAAUGGUAGACGAGCUUCAUCUAAGCGAUAUCAAACUCAAACAUCCUGAAAAGAGGUUCAGGGAGGGUGUCGAAGUAAAAGCGAGGGUAAUUUCUCUCGACCAUUUCGGCUCAACUCCUAACAAUACUAAUUGACUAAUAGGUUUUGUUAAUUGAUCCUUCAAAGAGGAAAGUAAGAUUGUCCUUAAAAAAGGCUAUCGUCAACUCUGAUACCCCAAUAAUAUCAUCUUACGAGGAUACAAAAUCCGGCACUCGCUCAGUUGGCACCUUGGUUAAAAUCCUACCAAACGGCGCCAUAGUCAAGUUCUUUUCAGAUGUCUGCGGCUUCCUCCCUGUUUCCGAGAUGAGCGAAGCAUAUAUCCAGGACCCCCGUGAUCACUUUACGGUUGGCCAAUCUGUGAAUAUCCAUGUACUAUCAGUGGAUCCCGCGAACCAAAAGCUACGGGUUUCCUGUAAAGAUCCAAACUUGUUCGGUGAAGCCCACAAAGUGGCUCUUGCUAAACUACCUGCUGGCGAUGUUGUCUCUGGGACCGUGGUCGAAAAGUCGGCGGAAGAUCUUAUUAUCGAGAUAAGCGGCUUGGGGACCGAAGGCAUCAGAGGCGUGCUAGGAAUUGGGCAACUGACUGAUGGUAGCCGUGAGAAGAACUUAGGUGUUUUCAAGAAGCUCAGGGCUGGGCAAAGGCUUGAAACCCUCUUAGUUUUAGAGAAGCAUGAGGAGAGAAGGUCGAUUACCUUGAGCAUGAAGCCAAGCCUUGUCAAUGCAGCAAAAGACGGAAGUAUGAUUAACAAGUUUGAGGAUGUGAGUGAGGGAAAAACAGUGAAAGGCUGGGUUAGGAGCACUACUCUGCACAGCAUCUUUGUUGGGUUUGUCGGUGGAAUAGUUGGAGUAGUUUACAAAAGGGACCUUCCAGCAGAAGUCCAGUCUCUCCCGAAUUUUGGAUACGCCAAGAAUCAGUCCAUCGCCGGCAGGGUGGUAUAUAUAGAUCCAUCAGAACGACGAUUCCGAUUGUCGCUAAAUCCAGAAAAAUCAGGGGAGGGGAAGGUCUCGACCGUAGCUAGCGUGGCCAGCAACUCAGAGAGACUCACUAUUAACCCUAUCGAUGCGAGGUUCAAACUUAUCGACGACUACACCCCCGGGAAGCUCACUAAAGCGAAGGUCAUUUCGGUCCAAGAGACGCAGCUAAAUGUGAAGCUCGCCGACAACGUGCAGGGCAGAAUUGACGUAUCAUUGGUGUUUGAAACUUGGGACGCUAUCAAGGACAAGAAGUUCCCCCUCGCACCAUUCAAGAAAGGGAACGUCUUGGAUGUCAAAGUUAUUGGAAUCCAUGAUGUGCGAAACCACCGCUUCCUUGCUAUCACCCAUCGAAAAGCGAGCACCAAGACUCCUAUCUUCGAACUUUCAGCCAGGCCCAGCGACGUAAAGAAAGAGGGUAUUGAAGGAUGUAUUACAAAGCUGGAAGACAUUACCCCAAAUUCAACAUGGGUAGCGUUCUUGAACAACAUCUCGGAUGAUUGUGCCUGGGCCAAUAUUAUGCCUGAUAUCAGGGGAAGAAUUCGCAUAUUGGAUCUCUCAGAAGACGUCACUCAACUAAAAGCACUACGAAAAAGCUUCCCUGUUGGCUGCGCCCUCAAGUGCCAGGUUCUCCGAGUCAACUCGGAACACAACAAACUUGAUCUUUCCGCCAGCAGUGCCUCAGGCUCGGCUUUAAUAUUUGACAAAUUAGCCAAGGGAAUGGUUGUUCCUGGGAGAGUAACUAAAGUUACUGACCGGCAAGUCCUGGUUCAAAUCAGUGAAUCGGUUUCUGGGCCGGUUAACCUCACCGACCUUGAAGACGACUUCUCGCAAGCGAAGACCAGCAAAUUCAGCAAAAAUGAGGUAAUUCGCGUUUGCAUCAUAGAUAUUGAUUCUCCCAACAAGCGAGUAAUUCUUUCAACCAGGCCUUCCCGCGUGAUGAGCUCAGAUCUACCAGUCAAGGAUCCUGAAAUUCAAACUAUUGCGAACGUUAAAGUAGGAGACAUCAGGCGCGGCUUUGUCAAGCAUGUCUCUCCCAAAGGGCUCUUCGUUGCUAUGGGCGGUAAUAUCACAGCCUGGACCAAGAUUUCUGAUCUCUCUGAUAGGUUCUUGAAGGAAUGGGAGGGGUUAUUCACAGUGGAUCAGCUCGUCAAGGGGAAAAUCAUGGCUGUUGACCCAACCUUGGGUCACAUCCAGAUGAGUCUUAGAGAAUCGGACAUAUCCGGAAAGGAAAGACCAAAGCCGGCAGACUACUCCUCAUUAAAAGAAGGGCAAAUUGUCAGGGGUAAGGUGACGAAUGUCGCGGAAUAUGGUGUUUUUAUCCGCGUGGAUGGUUCUCAAAAUAUCAGUGGAUUGUGUCACAAGAGCCAAAUCGCGGAUAACAUCAUUGAGGAUGUUAGCAAGCUCUAUGCGAUUGGGGAUCCUGUUAAGGCAAAGAUCAUAAGUAUUAAUCAGGAAAAGAAACGAAUCUCUUUUGGGCUGAAGGCUAGUUACUUCAAGGACGAGGGUAGCGAGGAUGAAAGCGAGGACGAUAGUAAGGGGGAGGGUGGUGUUGACCUCAGCGCUGUAAAGGUAUGCCUUAGGUUAUUUUGGAUGUGUUAAUACUACUCUAACGGACUCCCUCCCCUUAGGACCUCGAGAGUGAUGCCAGUGAAGAAUCCGACGAGGAAGAGGAACCCGAUGUUGAAAUGAUUGAUGCGCCUACUGGCGAAGGUCUCGGCACUGGGGGAUUCGACUGGUCCGCAAGUAUCCUCGACAAACGGGGCCCCGAAACCGACUCCGACAGGGAUAGCAACUCCCCUGAAGAGGAAAAGCACAAAAAGAAAAAGCGCAAGAAGUCCCAAAUCAAAGAAGACUUGACGGGAAACCUGGCGACAAGAGAACCGCAAUCCGUCGCUGACUUUGAACGCCUUCUCCUUGGAGACCCCAACGAUUCUAAAUUGUGGAUCAUGUACAUGUCAUUCCAACUACAACUCAGCGAAGUCGCGAAAUCUAGGGAAAUCGCUGAGAGAGCGAUCAAGACUAUCGCCCUUCGAGAGGAGAAGGAGAAACAGAACGUCUGGAUCGCUAUGCUAAAUAUGGAGUCCAUGUAUGGCACUGAUGAGACUCUCGAAGAAGUCUUCAAAAAAGCUUGCCAGUAUAACGAGGCGCAAGAAAUCCAUGAGAAGCUAGCCAGUAUCCAUAUUCAAACCGGCAAGACUGAGGUAUCGUAUUUCCUGAUCCAAAGCCGCGGUCGCAGACACCUAACUCUAUUAUUCCAGAAAGCAGAUGGCCUCUUUAAAGUAAUGAUCAAAAAAUUCAGUCAAGAUCCUAAAAUCUGGGUAAACUACGCCGACUUUCUCCUCAGCAGCGAGCAAAACCGUGACGCCGCCCGCGCGCUCCUUCAGCGUGCGAUGCAAGCACUCUCGCAAGACCAGCACAAAGACCUCAUCUCCAAGUUUGCCAAGCUAGAAUUCCGCAGCGGCGAUCCCGAGAGAGGACGAACUCUGUUUGAGAACUUACUCGCCACCUUCAAAAGGAAGAGUGAUCUCUAUAACAUGUUCCUAGAUAUGGAGAUCAAGUAUGGAAGCGAAGAGGAUGGCGGGAAGGAAGGCGUCAGAGCUUUGUUUAAGAGGGCUCUCGCCGAGAAGCCCUCGACUCGUCAGGCUAAGGCUCUCUUCAAGAAAUGGUUGGAGUUUGAGAAAAGCAAAGGGGACGAGAAGAGCACUGAGACUGUUACGAGGAGGGCGAAGGAAUAUGUCGAGGCGAAGAAGGGGGCGUGA